AUGUCUAAAGCCGUUGGUAUUGAUUUAGGUACUACCUACUCCUGUGUUGCCCACUUCGCUAACGAUCGUGUUGAAAUUAUUGCUAACGAUCAAGGUAACAGAACCACUCCAUCUUUCGUUGCCUUCACUGACACUGAAAGAUUAAUUGGUGAUGCUGCUAAGAACCAAGCCGCUAUGAACCCAAUUAACACCGUUUUCGAUGCUAAGCGUUUAAUCGGUAGAAAGUUCGAAGAUGCUGAAGUUCAAGGUGAUAUCAAGCACUUCCCAUUCAAGGUUGUUGACAAGGCUAGCAAGCCACAAAUUCAAGUUGAAUUCAAGGGUGAAACCAAAGUCUUCACUCCAGAAGAAAUCUCUUCUAUGAUCUUAACCAAGAUGAAGGAAACUGCUGAAGGUUACUUAGGUUCCAAGGUCACUGAUGCUGUUGUUACUGUCCCAGCUUACUUCAACGAUUCCCAAAGACAAGCUACCAAGGAUGCUGGUUUAAUUGCUGGUUUAAACGUUAUGAGAAUUAUUAACGAACCAACUGCUGCUGCCAUUGCUUACGGUUUAGACAAGAAGUCUGAAGAAGAAAAGAAUGUCUUGAUCUUCGAUUUAGGUGGUGGUACUUUCGAUGUUUCCUUAUUAUCUAUUGAAGAUGGUAUUUUCGAAGUCAAGUCUACUGCUGGUGACACUCACUUGGGUGGUGAAGAUUUCGAUCACAGAUUAGUCAACCACUUUGUUGCUGAAUUCAAGAGAAAGCACAAGAAGGACUUAUCCACCAACCAAAGAGCUUUAAGAAGAUUAAGAACUGCUUGUGAACGUGCCAAGAGAACUUUAUCAUCUUCUGCUCAAACUUCUAUUGAAAUUGAUUCCUUAUUCGAAGGUAUUGACUUCUACACUUCUAUCACCAGAGCUAGAUUCGAAGAAUUAUGUCAAGAUUUAUUCAGAUCCACUUUAGACCCAGUUGAAAAGGUCUUAAGAGAUGCUAAGGUUGACAAGUCUCAAGUUGAUGAAAUCGUCUUAGUUGGUGGUUCUACCAGAAUUCCAAAGGUUCAAAAAUUAGUCUCUGACUUCUUCAACGGUAAGGAACCAAACAGAUCUAUUAACCCAGAUGAAGCUGUUGCUUACGGUGCUGCUGUCCAAGCUGCUAUCUUAUCUGGUGACACUUCUUCUAAGACCCAAGAUUUAUUAUUAUUAGAUGUUGCUCCAUUAUCUUUAGGUAUUGAAACUGCUGGUGGUAUCAUGACCAAGUUAAUUCCAAGAAACUCUACUAUCCCAACCAAGAAGUCCGAAACCUUCUCCACUUAUGCUGAUAACCAACCAGGUGUCUUGAUUCAAGUUUACGAAGGUGAACGUGCCAAGACUAAGGAUAACAACUUAUUAGGUAAGUUCGAAUUAUCUGGUAUUCCACCAGCUCCAAGAGGUGUUCCUCAAAUUGAAGUUACCUUCGAUAUUGAUGCUAAUGGUAUCUUAAACGUUUCUGCUUUAGAAAAGGGUACUGGUAAGUCUCAAAAGAUUACUAUUACCAACGAUAAGGGUAGAUUAUCUAAGGAAGAAAUCGAAAAGAUGGUUUCUGAAGCUGAAAAGUAUAAGGAAGAAGAUGAAAAGGAAGCUGCUAGAAUCCAAGCCAAGAACGGUUUAGAAUCUUAUGCUUACUCCUUAAAGACCUCUUUAGGUGAUGAAGAAUUCAAGUCUAAAUUGGAAGCUUCUGAAGUUGAAGAAGUUACCAAGGCUGCUGAUGAAACUAUUGAAUGGUUAGAUGCCAACCAAACUGCCACCCAAGAAGAAUUUGCUGACAAGCAAAAGGAAUUAGAAGGUAAGGCUAACCCAAUCAUGGCUAAGGCUUACCAAGCUGGUGCUGCUCCAGGUGGUGCUGCCCCAGGUGGUUUCCCAGGUGCUGCUGGUGGUGCUCCAGAACCAUCUAACGAUGGUCCAACUGUUGAAGAAGUUGAUUAA